AUGGCAAGCACAAACACGGCAGACUCGGAGGAUGAGUCCGAGUGGGAGUACGAGUACGACACGACUGCGACCGACGACUUUUAUCUGACUCUCGACUUGACAACCCACAUCCCACCUGCGCUUGCUAGGGACAGGCGCACCAAGGCUCAGAAGUCAAACACCCGCGGCUCGAACAAGAGUCUUGCCAAUGCACCUGGCGCUGCUGACUCCGGUACCAAGGAUGUUGCGCUUCAAGAUGGCAAUCGAGACUCAGCCGACACACCGGCCGAGCGCAUGCAGAUUGUCGGACUGCACGACAGGAACCCAAUCAUCUCCUACAACAACUCCAUCUACUCGUGUCAAUGGGCUACCGAUCUAGCCACUCAGAUCUUUCUCACACCCCCGCCGACCGACUUCGAUCCCGACCACCCAGCCCUUCGAUCGACCCCUUCCUUCGAUGUUCUAGGUAUGAGUGCUGCGAGACUUGUCGCCAUACCAGCCAGUAUUCAACCUCGAGAAACCGCUCCGCCGGCCGUCAUAAGAGCCGCGUAUGCAGGUCCAGAGACUACAUACACAACAGCAGAAGGCGACGUGAUCGAACACACCACAGCCCAAGGCUUGCGUAUCGGCCUGCCCUCUACCGCAAGUGCCCAGCGAACAAGUCAGGCAAAGUUUUUGGAAACGCUGUCGGCUAUGAAAGCGCGUCGCGGUGACCAGGAUGCCGUGCCUGUCACAAACAUCAAGGUCUAUCACCCGCCAGAAGGCUGGGAGGAAGAGCGUGCAGACUACAUCGAGAAGGAGAGCGCGCGUAGCAAAAAGGACAAAGCAGAGGCAGCCGCCCGUGCAAAGAGGGAGAAGGCUGAACAAACAGCUCGACUCACCAGGCUAAAUCGACGUCCCGCAUACGCUCGGCCAGACCCAGACCAGGAGAUCGAGGAAGAUGAAGGAGGCAGUGGAGAAGAAAACGAGGACGAUGCAAACAAGAAUGCGGAUGCUGAUGGCAACAAGCUAGUCACACGCAAGAGAAGAACACUGGCUCGUGGUGGUGCCCGAGGAGGUGCACCCAGCGGUAAAAGGUUGCGCCAGAGCUUGGGUCUGCCCGAAGCCAGACGUGAUGCGAGACCAAAAGGUCGGCCACGCAAGAAGAGAAAAGUGGAUGUGCAACCUGAAGCAACUGCCGAGGAGGCCAACGAAGAUACUCCUGUUGCAGGACCCAGUCGUGACGGUACGAGCACUCAGGCAGAAGCCGAGCAAGAGGAUACAAACAUGGCUGAAGGUGGUGCCACUCGAGGCGACGAUGAUGGUGUAGAGGACGUUGAUGAUUGA